UGUGUUUUCUUUUUCUGAGUCAUCCACAAAUCGCUGUUUAGCCAUUACGAGUAUUCAUAAACUAAGUUCAUCACAAGUGGCAGCUGAAAGUAUUCUUUCGAAAAAUACGGAUAAAGAUUUUAGAACAAUUAUUCCAAGGAAGCAAAACCAUACCUUUGCCAAUGAGUAGCACUUUAAAUGAACCGGCGUCUGUGUAUGAAAGCAGCAGUAAUGCUGGCUCAACAAGUCCUGUGCCAUCUUUGUCGGAGUUAUAUUCUCAAAUUGAUUUCUACAUAGGAGUGGGUUUGGCAAUAAGUUCUUGCUUUUUCAUUGGUUCUAGUUUCAUAAUUAAAAAGAAAGCACUUAUGCGCCUAAGUAGACAAGGUGAGAUGCGUGCUGCUGCUGGCGGAUAUGGUUAUUUAAAAGAAUGGAUUUGGUGGGCAGGCCUGCUAACAAUGGCUUUGGGUGAAGGUGCGAAUUUUGCUGCAUACGCGUUCGCACCUGCAUCACUUGUAACGCCUUUAGGAGCGUUGAGUGUGAUCAUAUCAGCAGUGAUGGCAUCGAAAUUUUUAAACGAAAAACUGAACUUGCUGGGCAAAAUUGGUUGUGUGCUCUGUAUCUUAGGCUCCACAAUCAUCGUUAUACAUUCGCCGAAAGAAAAAGAAGUUGAAAACUUAGAUGUGCUUUUUGAAAAACUACAAGAUCCAGGUUUUAUAUUCUACGUACUUUGCAUACUAGGAUCGACUAUUUAUGUUGGUCUCUUUAUUGCUCCUCGUUACGGUCAUUCGAAUGUUGCAGUAUAUAUUUACCUAUGCUCUGGCAUUGGGUCCCUGACUGUUAUGUCUUGUAAAGCACUUGGAUUGGCUAUAAGAGAUACAUUGAAUGGCAGUAGCAACGAUUUCGCCGCUUGGAAACCGUGGUUCCUCAUUUGUGUAACUAUUACAUUCAUCGCAGUACAAAUGAAUUAUCUAAACAAGGCAUUAGAUGUAUUUAAUACGGGUAUCGUGACGCCGGUAUAUUAUGUAAUGUUCACGUCACUUGUUAUAGCGGCGUCGGCUAUACUUUUCAAAGAAUUCACACAUAUGCGUUUUGAAGAUAUAUUGGGAGAUAUUUGCGGCUUUCUUGUUGUAAUCCUAGCUGUUUUCAUUUUGAAUGCUUUUAAAGAUAUGGACAUAACAUUGAAUGAUGUGCGUAGCAUUAUGCGCCCUAAAAUGCAACGAGUUUCGCAAUAUGACGAAGAAGUGUUAGUCUCGAAUCCCGCUAAAGACCGACGAUACUCAUAUGGAUCGGGUGAUAUUUAUCGAAAAGCUUGACCUAAACAACGACAUCGUGUAUAAGCCAAUAAUGCUGUAUUUAGUUUGUUAUAAAUCUGCGUUGAUGAGCAAUUGCGAUCCCAUUGCCUUUCCUACAUUUCCAAAUUUUCCCAAAGGGUUUAAACUUAGUAAUUUAAUGUAAUUAAUAAAUAUUCAUGAAGCAUAGUAGUAGUUAUAAAAAGGGUUUUGUACUAAACGAGUGUAAAGUAGUUUUAGGAGCCAUAAUUAAUUUUAAACGCGGUGUUUUUCUUAACCAUUAAAUUGAUAAUUAAGAAUAAAAUUACCAUGGUUUGACAUGAAUAAAUAAA